GUAUCAUCAAACACCUACACACAAGAGUUGAGUAGGUCCCAUAAAAGAGGGCUACGGCUUCGGCAUCUCCAUCUCCUUCUCCUUCUUCUCCUUCUUCUCUCCAUCCCACAAAUCCAAACAUUGCCAUGAUUAUGAUAGUGGGAAUGGGAACCCUGGCGGCCGCCUUCCUUUUGUUAACGCUCUUCCGAACCAAGAAGCUGUGGGAAGAUUGGUUCCACGUGUACCACUUCCUCAAAGUCCCAGAAGUGAAGGAAACAACGCAGCAGCAGCAGAACCACCUCUACACACAAGUCUCCCUCUACUUACAUUCCCUACUUUCCAUCGAAGACUGCCACUCCGCCAAUCUCGUAACGGGAAAGAAUCAAAACGACAUCGUCCUCUCCCUCGCCCCCAACCAAACCAUCCAGGACCACUUUCUCGGAGCCACGCUCUUCUGGUCCAACCUAACCCACACCCCAACCCCAACCUUCCUUCUCAAAAUCAGAAAGCUCGACAAGCCCCGAAUCCUUCGCCCCUACCUUCAACACAUUCACACCGUCGCCGACCAAAUCCACCACCAAGGGAACCGCCAUUUGCGCCUCUUCAUCAACAACGCCCACCACUUCGGACGCUGGAGAUCCCUUCCCUUCACGCAUCCUUCCACCUUCCACACCAUCGCCAUGGAACCGGAUCUCAAGAACCGACUCAAAUCCGAUCUCCAAUCCUUCCUCAGAGCCAAACAAUACUACCACCGCCUCGGCCGCGUCUGGAAGCGGAGCUUCCUCCUCUAUGGUGCCUCCGGCACCGGAAAAUCCAGCUUCGUCGCCGCCAUGGCCAAUUUCCUCUCCUACGACGUCUACGACAUCGACCUCUGCAAAAUCCCUAGCGACUCAGAUCUGAAACUCCUCCUCCUCCACACCACGCCGAAAUCGGUGGUGGUGAUCGAAGACCUGGACCGGUUCCUGGCGGACAAAACGUCUAGAGUGAGCGCGUCCGGGAUACUGAACUUCAUGGAUGGGAUUCUCACCUCGUGUUGCGCUGAAGAGAGAGUGAUGGUGUUCACGAUGAACACGAAGGAACAUGUUGACCCGAACCUUCUUCGGCCGGGUCGGAUCGACGUGCAUAUCCAUUUUCCUCUUUGUGAUUUUUCGGCGUUCAAAACGCUUGCGAGUAGUUACCUUGGUGUGAAGGAGCACAAGUUGUUCCCUCAGGUGCAGGAGAUUUUCCAAAACGGUGCCAGUUUGAGUCCCGCUGAAAUCGGUGAGUUGAUGAUCGCCAACCGAAACUCGCCGAGUCGGGCUAUUAAAUCCGUUAUUACGGCUUUGCAAACGGACGGUGACGGCCGAGGGUGCGGCUUGAUCGGACGGCAGACAGAGGAUGGUGAUGAUGAGUUGGAUGAGCCUAAUGGAGUUGUGUGCGGUGAGGGUCUCCACACGGUUAAGGAUUUGCGCAAAUUGUACGGUUUUUUCCGCUUCAGAGUUACCAGAAGAUCUUCGUCGUCCAUUGCUUCCUUACCGGCGAGCCCAUUGCGAUAGUGAAUUAUGCGUUGGAUAAGAGUGUGUAAUGUUCUCGAUUGCACCUCAUUCCGGGGAACACUCUUUCGAAAUAAAGACAAUUUAGGAUUUAGGGGCAAAGCCUUUUUGGUUCCUUCUUGGUGAUUGUCGUUUUUGGAGCCAUUUGCAUGGGACUGUAAAAAUCUUUAGAAAUAGAUUGAUAAAUUGCAUAUAGGAAAAGAAUUUGCAUAGCCAAAACAAAGUUAUCCUGUGGAUCUCGUUUCCCCAUUUUGGUGAAUUGUGAGUCCAUUUUCAUGUAUAGAUUUAUUACAGGAAAAAAAAAUUCCUUCAUGCACAUGCGCAUUUCAAAUGUUUCUCCCCCUAUCAUUAUUUAGUUCUAGAGAGAUAGAGAUAGAGAUUAGUUUUUCUGUUUUUUUAAAAAAAUUGUUUCUCGUGGUAAAAAUGAUGUGUUGGUCCAUUUUGUUUCACCAAAUUAGAAACCAUCUUGGUCUUAUUAUUUGGGUUAUGGUAUGUCUUUAUGUUACAAAGGGUGCUUGGCUUUGUUGCAAAGUUAGAAAUAAUUAAAUUUCUU